GGAACAGCUGGGCUUUGAAAUCCUUCCUCAAAUAACAGAAAUGCAGUAAUUCAUUCGCGGCUCACGUUCAGGGAUGAGAGGCUUUCAACAGAUUAGGAUGUCACAACGCCCAAGGAGUGUCUAUUCCUUGUGCCACUGCUCUGAAGGGAAGAGAGAGUCCUUCAUCAACCACCACCUCACUCCAUUUUUGCCACUGUGCUGUCUUCACAGCCAGCCUGCAUCGGCACUAUGUACCUUCUGCAUCUUCAGUUUCCCAUACUCUUGUUCCUGAUUCUGGCUUCUCCAGGGUCUGCCAAAACAACCCACUCUGAUCUUGAAUGUCAGCAACAAGAGGGUCUGUGUUUCUCUCGGCGGUGCCGGCGUCCCUGGCGCUCCAUUGGAACAUGCAAUGUUGCCUGGCACCACUGUUGUAAAAGAGGAGAACAUCUGCCACCUAUGACCCCCAUCAAAGAAGGAUACAGAAUUUAUUGAUGAUGUCGCCCAGCUGAACCUGGAAAUGCAAAGAUGAGCCACUAUAUCCUCGAGCAAUAAGUUCUGGUUCAAUGCGAAAAUCAAUUACGCUUCAUUGAUUAUUUUCUCAUCUCACAAAUUUACAAUAUCUCUUUCUUUUCUGAUACAAAGAGAAAUGUUUUUUCACUUUCAGUAAA